AGUUGAACGACAAGUUGAAUGGUGUAAGCUUUGCUUUAUAUUAACUAUUCCUCACAUUGCUGUGAUCCAAAGUUGGUUCAUUCAUAUGCUUAAAUAGUUUGGAAAACGUUUAGUAAAUUUUAAUAUUACAUUGUGUUAAAAAUGCAUUUAGCCAAAGCGCUGACUAUAUUAUUACUUGCAAAGUGUGCUAUAAUUGCUGGUAAAGAUGAAAACAAAACCUUCGAAGCUACGAAUGAAUGGCGGGAAAUAAAGGAAGGACAGGAAAUCCCAGCAGGAUUGCAUGUGCGCAUUAACUUUCAGACCAAGAAAAAGGAAGCAAAACUGUAUGAACCUGAAAAAGAUGACCAUAAACAUAUUGCCUUGUCCAAUGUAGUUGAGAAUGAGGCUAAAACAAAACAUAAAGAAGCCGCUAAACCUGCACCAAAAAUCAGUAAAACACUCUCCGAAGCUUUAAAAAGUCUUCCCAAAGAAAGACUAAGUAUUGAUUACUCACCGGAACAACUGGAACAAAUAAAAAGAGAUUUCAAAACUUACAGUGAAUUGAAGAAAUCUUUUAGUGAAUUAAAAGAUAAAUUCAAAACUGAUGCAGAACUAAUAACACAGCUUCUGGAUGAGUAUAAAAACCUUAGUAAAGAGCAUGAGAUUUCGUUGAAGCCGCAGACUAAACUUGCAACUAAACUUCGCAUACUUGAGGAUCUGGACUAUCUCGUUCAUCAAAUUGACAAUGCAUUGUGGUUUAUUGACGAGGGAGGCUUAGAAAAAAUAUUACUACCGCUGGUAGUAAACGAGACAAAUAUAGAUUUACGCAUAAAGGCUGUCCGUGUGUUAGGAGCUGUGACUCUUAACAAUCCCAAGGCUCAAAUAAAAGCGUUCGAAUUAAAUUUCGGAUCUCAUUUAACACAAAUUCUUGUUUCAUCUACGGCAACAGAAGAAUUAUCGGCAACAUUGUACGCUCUGGGUAGUCUUUUGAGAAAAUUUCCUUUGGCGUUACAGAAAAUUCUCUCAACAUCCGGAACACAAGCAUUGACUACUGUCCUAGCAAAAGAAUGUGAAUUAAAAGUAAAAGCAAAGGCUAUAACACUUAUAAGCGAUAUAAUUGUGGAAAAAAAUCUUGUACUUUCGAAUUAUUCAGACUCAGAUAACCCACUAGCCGCGGCACAAUAUGCUGACUUAAAUAUAUCGGAAUGGCUGCAGUCAAAUGCAUUUUGCGAAACUGUCGACAGGUUGAUUUCAACAAAUCUUUACGAACUAUUGGACCAGCCCGAUUCAGCAGAGUACUUUGUGAUAGGAUUAGAGAGCUCGGAAAAAAUUUGUAAAUCAGUUUGGUCAACAAGCCCUCAAUUGAGGCAUACUUUAUUAACUAUAAAAAACCGCUACAUGCAUAGCCAAAAUGAGUUUCGCAUAGAGGUAGCGCAGAUGAUUGAGAGACUGAUAGAAGUUCUGUAUAGUUCCAAAAGUCAUGAAGAGCUUUAGAGGUUUUCUCACGAAUUGGUAAUAAUAAUGUUCGAAGACAUAACUUGUUUAACACUCAUAAGUGAGGAUUGAAUAAAGAUUAUAUGCAUUUUUUUAUGACUGGACCAACUUUUAUUAUAAAAGGUACAUUAAAAUUGGUUAAA